UCGCAAUAAUGGUUUUAGAGGAGUAUUUUUUGUAGUAGUUGGAUCCUAUCGAGUGAACGUAGGGUUAAUAAUAAAAAUAAUGAAUAUGUUCAUAUUAAGCAAUAGAACGUAAUUAGUGCUACCUUUUUGUUAUUUUAAGUUGUACGUCUGUUUUAGUGGUCUGGUUAUCACAUUUAUGUUAAUUACACAAAUUGGUAAAAUUUAAACUUUUCCAUGCUACGCACUUCACUGGACUCGUUUUUGUCCCGGAGAAUACUACUACUAUUGGAUUAUACAACAUAUAGGGCGGAUUUUACGGUUAAGCCUAACGUUGGAAAAAUUAUCUACUACUACCAGCGGAAGUUAUCAAAAUAGGAAAAACGGAACCCUCACUUUUUUAGCGUAUUUCAUAUUCAGUUUCUGAUACAAUAGAAGAAUGAAUGAGCUGGAAAGUCUAAGACAAGAAGCAGAAACACUAAAGAAUACAAUUCACGAUGCAAGGAAAGCUGUAUGUGAUACCACAUUGGCUCAGGCCACUGCAUCUAUGGAACCAGUUGGUAGAAUACAAAUGCGAACAAGACGAACCCUUCGGGGUCAUCUGGCUAAAAUAUAUGCCAUGCACUGGGGAUCAGAUUCACGAUACCUUGUUUCUGCCUCUCAAGAUGGAAAAUUAAUUAUAUGGGAUGCUUUCACAACAAAUAAGGUCCAUGCCAUUCCUCUCCGCUCCAGCUGGGUCAUGACUUGUGCAUAUGCUCCAUCAGGCAGUUUUGUUGCCUGUGGAGGUUUAGACAACAUCUGCUCUAUCUACAGCUUAAAGACACGAGAAGGAAAUGUAAGAGUUAGUAGGGAGCUACCUGGACACACGGGUUAUUUGUCUUGUUGUCGCUUCAUUGAUGAUAACCAGAUAGUCACGAGCUCUGGUGAUAUGACUUGUGCUUUGUGGGACAUUGAAACUGGUCAGCUCUGCACUUCAUUUACUGGUCAUUCUGGUGAUGUCAUGUCCCUCUCUCUCUCUCCAGACAUGAGAACAUUCAUCUCUGGAGCUUGUGAUGCUUCAGCAAAGUUAUGGGAUAAUCGAGAUGGAAUGUGCAAACAGACCUUCCCAGGACAUGAAUCUGACAUAAAUGCUGUCACAUUUUUUCCCAAUGGUUAUGCUUUUGUUACGGGAUCAGAUGAUGCAACGUGUCGGUUGUUUGACAUCCGCGCAGACCAAGAGUUAGCUAUCUAUUCUCAUGAUAACAUCAUUUGCGGUAUUACAUCCGUUGCCUUUUCCACAAGUGGCCGACUCUUGUUGGCAGGAUACGAUGACUUUAACUGUAAUGUGUGGGAUUCCAUGAAAGCUGAGAGAGCUGGUGUCCUGGCUGGACAUGAUAAUCGUGUCAGCUGCCUGGGUGUUACAGAAGAUGGCAUGGCUGUAGCAACAGGUUCAUGGGAUAGCUUCUUAAAAAUCUGGAACUAAAGCACAACUCCUCUCAAAACAACUGUCUUUUCUCAACAAGCUACUAGUACUGCUAAAUAUAUAUAUGACAUGAACUUGAUAUUUAGAUUUAAAAGGAAGGCUUUGACACUGUUAAUUUUGUCAUAAUUGUGCAGUUUUGUAAAUAUUGUUUCAACUGUUAAACACUUGCAAUUUCAAUCAUUUUGAUGUUUAGUUUUAGUUGUGUAUGUGGUGAUGCAUUCCAAUUUAGAAAACAUAAAAUCAUUAGCAAGCUUAAUUAAGGAGAUCCUUUAGCCAAUAUUCACAAAAUGUUAAAUUAAUAAAAUUCUAAUCAGCUGAGAGUGUAGGAAAUGUUUAUUUUUAGUACUUUUUCUCUCUUGUGUUUUUCUAGAAAAUAUAUUCUUAGUCCUUUUUUUUUCCUUAAUGCAUUUUUGUUAGAAAAAAAAAUCUCCUUAAUUCUAGUCAGCAAAGUUGGAAAAUAAAAAUACAUCUUUCUGGUUUAUCUACAGGGUUCUCUUCAGAAAAGAAGAGCUCUACAAUUAAACAAUAUUUCAGAAACAAGAGCUCUACAAUUAAGCAGUAUUUCAGACUGGUCAUGCAAACAAAGUGAGUGUACCAGUUCAGGCCUGAAAACACUGAUAAAAAUAUCAUUAACCAUUGUGCACAUAAUAUCAAGUAUUUGCACUUUUGUAUUGUGCCAGGUGCAUAUAAAUGGUAUAGACAAUUUUUGGUAUAUGGGAAAACAACAACAUUCACUUGUGUUCAACACAUGGUAAAUAGUUCAUUAACAUUUACCUCUGAAAAUUUAUUGAUGGGUACAUGUUUUAGAGUUUUGGUGCACAAGAAAGUGUACUGAUAUCAAUAUGCUAAAAAAAAGGGCUGGGGAGAAUCCUGAUGUACUUGAAAAAUACCUUGUAUUGUUAUUGUUGGGAUUUGUAUUCUUUAAACAUUUUUGUGGUUUGGAAGAUGUGUAGAUGGAAUGAUGUAUAAGAAGUUGGUAGCUAACAUUUAGGAAUGUUUGUAGCAACAUCACUUUUCAUCAUACAUGCACUGAUUUUUGACUCGCAUGAAUUUUGUUGCAUUGAACCUUUCUACAUGUUUUCUAUGUUGCCAGCUUGAUUAAGGUAAUGUUAUUUCACAAACACAAUUAAUAAAACACGUUUCUAAAAUAACUGUAAUUAUAUACAUGUUUGUAGUAUACUAUGAGGUGCCAUGAUUAUGUACAUAUAUAAAUUUCUUCCUUUGUCCAUCCUUUCUGAAAUCAUUUAAUCUUAGUGUCUGUACCUUUGUGAUUUAUUUAGUAAAAUAUUAGCUUUUUUUGUAUCAUCUUUACAGUUUUGUCAGCUUCUUGGGACCACAAAUUCUUGCACAUGGUUUCAAAUUAAUUUGUGUUGUCCUGAAACUAUGCUGCUGUUUUCAAUGAAUCUUGUUUCUGUUGUAACUGUGAGGAGUUCAGUAGUGCAAAUGUUAAACAAGAAGUGAUAACUUUAUCACUUUUUUCUUACAGGAAUAGUGGCUAUAUCAGUAAUGUUUGAGUUAAAAAAAGCUUACUCUCCUUUUUCUUUACAAAUGAAAUAGGAAAGAUUACAUGUAACUACUUGUUCUGAGAGUCCUACUGGCUAUAAUUAUGAUAAUGAUUUUUUUUUUUGAUGAAUGCAUAUUAAAAAUGUAUUAAGUUAUUCUCAUCAUAUCUUUUUCCUUCCAAGAAAACAAAAUUCGUAUUUAUUUUGGCUGUUACAGGACUUUUUUCAUAUUUUGUAGUAUCAGGAUUACCUUUUUCUGCCCCAAUGAAAUUGUAUUUGUGACUUCUUUUGACAAGUUUCUGAUAUUUUGUCAAAGGUCUUUUGUCAAGAUAGGAGGUUGACCAAACAGUUUUUGUUAUUGUACUGGUGUAUGCCUGCAUGUGCAAGGACAUUGUAAUGUUAAAGGUAACCAGUAGAAUGGCUUAGUAUUUCUGUGCAAUUUUUACAUUAAAAUUUAGCCAUAAUAAAAAAAAAAUAACAGGUUUCCUGACCUAAAAAAUUUAAAAGAGUAUCAUUAUACUUGUAAAUUAUUUUGGUUACAUUUAGAAAGUUAUCACUCUUAAGUUACACUUCAUUAUAAUAAUGCAAAGUACUUUGCUAGCUUACUAAUUUUUUUCUCAUCUGAUGGUAUUUUUAGAUGGAUUUUCAAAUAAGCAGAUUCUGACUACCUAACUUGGAGGCUUUUUAAAUAACAAAAGAAGAGAUACUGUUAUGUAGAUUUUCUUUCUUAGCUAUUUUGUUUUGCAAAACUCUGUCAGCUGUGUGAAAGGUUAUUUGGUUUGUGUUAUAUUGGUCUUUUGACUUUUGCAUAUUUAGUGUAGACUUGAUAAUAAUUAUUCUGAAAUAAUUUUUCAAGGCAUAACUGUUAACUUUAUGUUCCAGAUGGAGAAGUAACAUUAAGGACGUGCCCUCUCCUAAAUUUUUAGAUAAUAGAUUGAUAUAGGGACUAAAAGUGAUUUCUGUGUGAAUGUUCUUUCAAUAAUGAACUUAUCUUUAUGAUCUGAUUUUGACUAUACUUUAAUAGAUGCACAAUAAGCUCUUUACAAUUUUUCUAAGAGCAGCACACUAUCUGUCUGUGUACCUAUCUUAUGUAUGUAAUUUUUUUAUAGUUCUUACAUGUUUUUGAUCUUUUUGUUAAAGGAAGUGAAAUGGUUUUUCCCAACUAACUGUUUUGUAAAAAGAAGUAUUUUUUCUCUAAUUUAUUUUGUAUAGGAGAAAAAUGCUGCCUGCUAAUGAACUAAGUUCUUUGUUGAAACAAAGAGCUCUAGUUCAAAAAUUGAAUGUUCGAUAGAUGUUAGCUUUCUCGUGUUUCAUAUGGUUAUAGAAUUAAGUAUUAUUACAGCUAUUUGGCUGGUUUAUUAUAGGAUAUAAUGUAAAAAUGUCCUAUAUUUGAUCCAAGUAUCCUUAGAUGUACAAGUUAAUUGAUUGCUGAAAGUCAUUAUGUUACACACAAAAUUCAUAAUCUUGAGGUAUUGUGGUUUCACAAAAGUUCUUGUACUACAUAAUUAUAUGCCUGGGGCAUUCUCUACUAAGAUGAUGAUGUUUUAGAUUUUACAUUGAGAAAAGUGUCAUAUUGAAUCUGUAAUAGUCUGUAUGGUUAUACAAAGGAAAGUAUCAUCUUGAAUCUGUAAUAGUCUGUAUGGUUAUACAAAGGAAAGUUUCAUCUUGAAUCUGUAAUAGUCCGUAUGGUUAUACAAAGGAAAGUAUCAUCUUGAAUCUGUAAUAGUCUGUAUGGUUAUACAAAGGAAAGUAUCUUGAAUCUGUAAUAGUAUGUAUGGUUAUACAAAGGAAAGUAUCAUCUUGAAUCUGUAAUAGUAUGUAUGGUUAUACAAAGGAAAGUAUCAUCUUGAAUCUGUAAUAGUCUGUAUGGUUAUACAAAGGAAAGUAUCUUGUAUCUGUAAUAGGCUGUAUGGUUAUGCAAAGGAAGGUUUCAUCAUGAAUCAUGUUUUCAUUAUUAGCUGGUAUUGUGAAUGUCAAGCUUCCUGGUUGUAUGUGGCAUAAAAAAAAAUGAUUCCAUUAGAGUAUUUUUGACAAGUCUGUCAUUUCAGGAGCGAAAAAGAUUGUGACAGUAGUAGAUUUGACAAAUGUAAAAGCCUUUUUUAUAUACCGUUAGUUAAAGGAAGAUGGAGUGAACAAAAAAUCUUGGCUGCACAUUUCAGUCAAUAUCGACUUUAGUCAGUAGCUUUUCAUCUUGAUUGUGCAUGUAAUCAAACUUGUGUAAUAAAACUUUGUUCUACACUGUU